GUGUAGUGCACUCCGGAGCACCGCACUUGACAGUACGGAAGCAAUAUUCGGCCCCCGUUAAAACACAUGUCGGGCUGACAUUGGAUGAAAGGCGUCCAGCGCAUCAGGAAACUGGAGACGGAUCUGCUUCCACGAACACCAGAAUCAUUCUCCGGCAAUCUCUCAGUCUAAACGCUGAUUUCGAAGACUUGGGCCAACGCAAAAUCUCACAAUGACAGCUCUUGGCUCCAAAAAGUCCAUCCGCAUCGGUGUCAUGCUCGAGGCCGUACAGCUGAGCGACAUCGUGGGCAUCGACAUGUUCGGCAAUCUUUCCCGCAAGUACUACAAUAAGGUCAAGGAUUAUGAUCCCGAGUUCGCCAAGUGGGCCGACCACCCCAUUGAUAUGGAUUUCUUCUACAUCUCCUCGACCCUCGCGCCCGCCGAGAUGACGCCUGGGCUGAAGUUCGUCCCCAACGUCACUUACGACGACUGCCCCCGAGACCUCGACCUCGUCUUUACCGGAGGUCCUAUGCUUGACCACCGUCCUCCUUCAGCCGACCGGUUCAUGAAAGAGGCCUUUCCCAAGACCAGGGUGUGGCUGACGACCUGCAUUGGUAGCCUUUGGCUGGCCAGCGCCGGCGUCCUGAAGGGCAAGAUAGCAACAACCAACAGAGAGUUACUUAAGUUUGCCAGGGAGACCCACCCCGAGACCGAGUGGCUCGACCAACGGUGGGUAGUGGAGGAGAAAGAGUACGAAGGCGAGGGCAAGGGCGAGCUCUGGACUGCCGGCGGAGCAGGCGCCGGCCUCUCCAUGAUCAUCACAUACUUGAACAAAAACUUUGAUCCGGGGUUCGUCCAGAAGCUGGGAAUCGAUGUGGUUGCUUUUGAGGAGCUGGCCCUGAACCAGUUUUACAAGACCUCGAGGUAGAUGUAAACGUGACACAAUGCAUAGAGCUUCGGUACUUGACACAAUGAAUUCACGGCUCUCUCUUGCUAUUGAAAUU